AUGACUGAGCCUGGUCCGCUGUGGAGCUGGCGCUGUCGGUGGAGUGGACGCUUGUUGGGGAGACGCCGGAAAGGGUACUGGCAGGCCGUGGGAGCGAAUACCCAGAUGUCGCUUUGGGCAACGUCGAGCUGGACGCUUAGUUCGCUAGGCGAGGCAUUGUAUGCUCGUCAUGUGCACAUCCCAAGGACGAGCGGCAGCGACGUGAGAGCUGCUUCGAAGUACAGGUUUCCUGCGGCGAGAUCCUGGGCAACACACCCAAUUGCUGCGACGACCGGAGCCAAGCAUGUCUGGCACGAGGGCGCUAAAAGGCCCGACAAGAUGGUGAAAACAUCCGCAAUGGAGUCGUCGUACCGAGGAGGACACUGCCGAAAAUCCUCAUCAAGAUGUACUGGGAUGAUUCCAGACCCCGAACGUCCUGGCGCCGAUUGGAUUUCUUCUGCCUGGGCCACUCGAUUGCCGCAAACCGAACCCUCCCAAGGACACGCUGUACUUUCCACGCUCACUGGCGGCGCAAGAACCCGACGAACGGCUGGACCCCGUCGCGCAUCCAGAAUACAGCCUGGAGACUCAGCGCACCUGGUGGGGAGAGGGAGACGACAUGAUCUUAACGACACCUGGCCGCCGAGCAUGCACGGCACCGGCAGCGAAGACUUCUUCUCGCAGGGAUGGGGUAUGCAGAAGAACGCCUAUCCGUUCUGCGGCGCGAUCCACGAGGAAGACGUGCCCAACACGCAAGUGAGCUAUCGCUGGCACUUGGCCGACCCUGUGCGCUUCAGCAAGAAGAUCAAAGUCACUUUGGAGUCCGGCCACGCGAACCACCUGCGUGGUUAUUGGUCGACCAGCGCGUAUUGGUAUCAGACUUUGCCGGGGCCGAAGCUGGAUAUUCUGCCUGUGGGCGAUCGACUACCCCCGAAACCCACGAUGCACUUGAUUCCAGAGCCGACUGAGGUCAAGAUCGCCUCGAUGAGUGCGGAAAAGAUGGGGAAGCUAGCUCAGCACCGGGAGAGAUACGCAGUGUUUGUGAAUGAUUGGAACGAGUGGCUGGAGCGUCGGGCGAGGGAAUCGGAGCGUUGA